AUGGAAGCUAGUGAUGACGGCACCACCCCUACGCCUGGACCAAGUCCGCCUGCCGGUCCCAGUGCUCCGCGCCAACAGGCUCGAGCCUUUUUGUCAUGCGGCUUCUGUCGCAAGAGGAAGCGGAAAUGCGACAGGUGUCUACCCGAGUGCUCGCUCUGUCGAAGACACCGACGGAAAUGCAUCUAUCCCCAGCGCAGAGUCCCUACCCCUAGAGCGGAGGACGGGGAGGAGGGCGAGGAAGUGUCCCUCCCCACGGAAAAAGGAAUCGAGCCUCAGCCGGCAGAGGCGGUGGUCGUCUACUUUCUGGAUCACGAUGUCUUCAAGUGCGGCCAGAUGGUGGUCGCGGAUGUGCAGUCGACCGUGCCUCGAAACGUGUCGGCCCUUCUAGGAGACGCUGCCACACUUCAACAGGACGGCGCAGAAUACUUUCGGACCGUCCACUGUUGGUGGUCCAUCAUUUCCAAGCAUUCGUUCUACAACCGCCUCGUGAACCCUUUGGUGCCACGACAAGGGGAUGUCGCCCUGCUUUUGCUCUGCAUGAAACUGAUCAUCUGGAGACCGUCGGAGGAACGACAAGACCCUCGGAUACCGUUGUAUCUGGCUGCAAAGCACUACGCGACCGAGCUCGAGGUGGCGGGAGCCUUCAGCAUCCGUGGCCUCCAGGCAGCCGUGCUGAUUGCGGUCUAUGAAUUCGCUCAUGCGAUCUACCCAUCUGCAGUCCUGUCCAUUGCCUCCUGCGCAAGAUCUGGGAGGGCUCUGAACAUCCACCUGACGUUAACAGAGAGGCCGGCGGAAUGUAUCGAUGGUUUCCAGUCGGAGGAGAAGAGACGGUUGUGGUGGUCAAUCCUGAUCCUCGAUCGCUUCGCAAACAUAAGCUGUCCGGGCAGACGCAACUUUGAAACCGACGAUCCCAGCCCAGAGGAUCUUCUACCUGUCGAUGACGCGGCUUGGGAUGCCGGCAUGGUCACUCCCCACGACAGGAUGACCAUCUCGUGCCCGUCGACGGAAAGGAUGGGCCGAUUCGCCAAGUUGGCCCAGGCGACACAUCUCCUUUGUCGUGUGCUCCAGCACGUUGGCGACGACUCGAUGGAAGCCGAGUUUCGAGAGACCCAGGAGCGGCAGCUGGAGAAGGCGAUUCAGAUGUCGAUUCGGAUGGUGAGCGGCGUCCUCAAAGGUCCCGCGGGCGCUCACGCUCAGAUUUGUUACAGGUAA